AUGAGCCCUCCUCAAUCUUGGGCUUCUCUCAUGGCGUCCUUGCUGCUUCUCGCCUCUCUGCACCAAGCUCUUGCUGGCCCUGCUACAUAUUGCAAACCAGUUCCUUCGUCAAUAAACUGGCCUGCACAGUCCGCAUGGCAAGAGCUGAAUAAGACGGUGUCUGGCAAGCUUUUUGCGGACGUCCCUCCUGGAUCUGUCUGUCAUCCGGAAAGUGCAUUGUUCAACAACGCCACAUGUGCCUUUGUUCUUUCCCAAUGGACCGACUCGAACUUUCAUGCUAACAACCCCAUCUCCGUUGACUACAACGACGAUGGAUGUCUGCCGUCACCUCUGGCACCUUGUUCGGCGGCUGCUUACCCGUCAUAUGUUAUACACGCCACCAACGCCUCUGAUGUACAGGCAGCAGUGAAAUUUGCCUCAAACACAGGAGUGCGAUUGAUAGUCAAAGGAACUGGUCACGAUCUCCUGUCCAGGUCCUCUGGUGGACAGUCUUUGUCUAUCUGGACCCACAAAAUUGUGGGUAUCUCAGUGAACACCAGUGAUACCCGAGCUCUGCCUUAUGGUGGAGUUGGCUCAGUCAAGAUUGCUGCUGGAUCAAGGAUGUUCGAAGUUUACCAAGCAGUAGCAAAACACAACCUUACAGUUAUUGCAGGCGGUGAUAUGUCAGUUGGUAUCGGCGGAUGGGUCCUUGGAGGUGGCCAUUCCCCAAUAAGCUCUACAUAUGGACUCGGAGCCGAUCAAGUUCUUGAAAUAGAAGUUGUCACUCCAGACGGCAAAUUUCUCACCGUCAACGAAAAGUCACAUCCUGAUUUGUUCUGGGCUAUGCGAGGGGGAGGAGGCUCGACUUUCGGUGUUCUCAUCAGCGUUACCAUGAAGGUAUAUCCGACGCUUCCUGGUAGCCUUACGAUAUUUUGGUUCAACACAACCAGCAACAGCGACACUUUUUGGUCGAUUUCUACUUAUUUUACGUCGCAAGUGCCCAAAUUAUCCGACAAAGGAGCCAACGGCUAUCACUAUUUCAUACCAUAUUAUGCUUCAAAUCCUCCCAAUCAAGCCGGCAUGAUUUUCGGUGGAUACUUCUUCCCAAACAAAACACCAGCACAGGCAACCAUUAUCAUGGACCCGGUUAUUACCAAGAUCAACACUACAAAUUGGGGUGACGAGGUCUUUGUUUCAAAUUACACCAUUCCAAUCUCGGAUUUCACCAAAUUCUGGAUGACUAACCAGCCUGAGGCUGUUGGACCAUCAGAGCGUUUGGGUUCACGUCUUCUGACCCGUGGCGCUCUUACGGGCAACCAAACGUCACUGAAUAAUGCUCUACGCGUGGCCUCAAAUGGCACCUGGACACUACUUAACCAUCUUGUUGCCGGCCAAGGUGUUCGAAAUGCUAAAAUCCCAGGUGGAAACAACUCAGUAUGUCCCGCGUGGCGAAACAAUACCUAUAUUCAUUUCGUUACCUACCGAAAUUGGACGCCCUUGAACCAAACCCAAAAGACCUCUGUAACGAACGAACUACGCAACAGCGCUAUCGAAGCCUUGCGCGUCCUCGAUCCGUAUACUGGUGCAUAUGUCAACGAAGCUGACCCAACUGAGCCCAAUUGGCAAACCACCUUCUGGGGCUCCAACUACCCGCGACUCUUGGCUCUAAAGAAGCAAUACGAUCCCAAGGGCAUAUUCUGGUACGAUCCAAAUAUCCAUGUUACCCUAAGAAAGGAGCUUCUGGCUGGUGGGAAUUCUGGCUCAGUCGGAUCAGGCGAUACAGGACUGUCCUUCUCAGAACAUCCAGCUCGAAGAGCCAAUCAAGACGAUGAAGAUUCUCUGGAGACAAUUCUUACAGCCACUGGCCGGCUCUGCCUCGAUGAUGGAGGUAGAUGGCGCUACCAUGGUCAUUCAUCAGGUCCAGUCUUUCUUCAAGGUCUUGGAGAACGUUUUGUGGAACAAGGUGUCAGAAACGCUGAAGUUGGUGCGGUGUUCACUCCCCUCCAGAGCGUUCCGUGGUCUCCCAAAAGUCCAUCUCCACCUCCUGGACCAGGAAUCGCUCUACUAUUGCCGCCGAAGGGAACGGCACAGAAACUUGUCGAUUGCGCUCUUGGUCACGGGUGUGCGGUCCUUUCGUUCAUCCACCGACCCACAUUCAGUCAACUAUUUGACUGGGUGUACGAGACAGAACCCGAGAACUACGGCAUCCAAGACGCCAGGCCUCGUGCGUUGGUGUACUCAGUGCUGGGCUUAGGUUGCCUCUUUCUGAGAAGCAAAUCUGUUGAUUUGAGUUCUACAAUUGCAAUUCAUGAAGGAACAAAAUAUUUGGCGGCCGCCAGGAGUCUUAUUGACAUCUCUGACUGUCGCGAGCUCAUCUCUCUUCAAGCACUGUUGUGCGUGACAUAUAUCUUACACUGUUCAGGAAAGAUGUCUGUGUGUCAUUCAUACAUCGCCGCCGCGGUAGCCGCGUCGCUACAAAUAGGCCUGCACCGGUCUUUAUCAAGUGUUCUCGAUCCAGUGGAGCAGGAAACUCGUAAACGUGUCUUCUGGGCUGUGCGAAAUAUGGAGACAUAUAUCUGUGCAAUUCUAGGCUUGCCUCCGGCGAUCAACGAAGAAGACAUCGACCAAGAGAUGCCUCAAGAAGUGGACGACAUGUGCAUUGCACCGUAUGGAAUCAUGGCUUGCCAGGUGCAGCAACUGCCGGCAAUGACAGCUGUAAACGCACAUACUAGGCUCGUUCAGAUCUUCGCUAAGAUCUUGAGAUACGUAUACCCUGUGCGUCAUGGGAGUGUUGGCCUAGCCAACGGUGCCAACCGACCCGGUGAAUACCGAGUGAGCUACAGAAGAGUGUGUGAGGUUGAGCACGAGCUAAAACUGUGGUGGGUAAACCUACCAUGGGAGCUCUCGAAUGACAACAACAGAAUUCUAAAGCCUCUUAGGAUUCAAAGAGAGCUUCUGUCCAUCGCAUACGCACACGCGCGACUGAUCCUCUACCGGCCCUUUUUGCUGAACUUCUCUCAUCAUACGAUGAGAAAUCAGUCGGAUGUACGAGCCUAUACCUAUGCAAUGGCAUGCUUAUAUGCCAGUCACGACGUGAUCAUUGGUAUGAAAAACAUGAAGAAAGUGGAUAUGCUUAAUGGACCUUACUGGUUUACAAUAUAUUCUACGUUCUUCGCCGUUACCUCGUUGAUCUCCUACGCCUGGGAACGGGCCCGAGACGAAGGCGUUUCUGGGGUUCUCAGAGAUGCUGAAAUCGGUCGAGAUAUUCUAUCCGAGUUGGGCCAACGAAGCAUAGCGGCCGCAAGAUGCAGCAAAGCGCUGGAGGUGCUAUUCGAGGUCCUUGGUAAGAAACUAUGCGAGAAUGGAGAAGCCAGAGGAAGAAUGAGUGAAGCUGCAGAGCCGGUGACUAUGUGUACAGGCCCAGAAGGGGUGACAGAGAACGUUGUCCACGACUAUCAUCCAAGACCAGAGCUUACAGGCUUCACCGGGAUGGGCCAACUAAACUCAGUAUAUUACCCAGGAGCUUCUAGGCACGAGGAAUGCUCGUCAAGCUCAAAUUUUUAUCCACACGACGCUGGCGCAACUACUCCUGGAAGCAGUUUCACGCCUGCAAGAGACUUUAGCUUCGAGGCCGCUCAGCUACACCCACCCUCUUACAUGGAUUCUCCUAUGCCCACUGCUCCUCGAAUCAGCUUUCCACAUCCUUCGAGUGCGAAUCCCCAAACGCCCUACUCUCCUCAGGAACAGAAACAGCUAUUUUUUUCCGAUUCCACAGCUGCGUUUCCGGUAGAUGAGAGCGCAGCCGCGGAGGAAGUUGAUUUCACGAUCGGCUCCGGUCCCUCUCUUAAUCCGGCCACUUGGCCCGCGUUCGACCUCAGCAGAGUCGAAAACAGUGGCUGGGGGGGAGGUUUCCUUGGACAACUUUCCAGGGCGCCCCUCCAUAGAGCCGUUCACGGGGCAAGUUGGACGAAACCCAACGAUGCGAGAUAG